AUGGAGGUGGCGGGGGGAGGCAUCGGGCCGCCGCCGGGACCCGGGGAAGCUGACAAGGCCUUAGGGAAGAUUCUUCGUUGUCAAGCCGCCAAAGUGGAGAGUGCGAUUGCAGAAGGGGGUGCUUCUCGUUUCAGUGCUUCUUCAGGCGGAGGAGGUGGUAGGGGUGCACCUCAGCACUAUCCCAAGACUGCCAGCAACAGCGAGUUCCUGGGGAAAACCCCAGGGCAAAACGCUCAGAAAUGGAUUCCUUCACGAAGCACUAGACGAGAUGACGACUCCGCAAACGACAAAGAACGACAUGAUGCAAUCUUCAGGAAAGUAAGAGGCAUACUAAAUAAGCUUACUCCUGAAAAGUUUGACAAGCUAUGCCUUGAGCUCCUCAAUGUGGGUGUAGAAUCUAAGCUCAUCCUAAAAGGGGUCAUACUGCUGAUCGUAGACAAAGCCCUUGAAGAGCCCAAGUAUAGCUCGCUGUACGCUCAACUAUGUCUGCGACUGGCAGAAGAUGCACCCAACUUUGAUGGCCCAUCAGCAGAGAGUCAUCCAGGACAGAAGCAAAGCACAACAUUCAGACGCCUCCUAAUAUCUAAACUUCAAGAUGAAUUUGAAAACCGAACCAGAAAUGUUGAUAUCUAUGAUAAGCAUGAUGGUCCCCUCCUCCCUGAGGAGGAGGAACAGAGAGCCAUUGCCAAGAUCAAGAUGCUGGGGAACAUCAAAUUCAUUGGAGAACUUGGCAAGCUUGAUCUUAUUCAUGAAUCUAUCCUUCAUAAGUGCAUCAAAACACUUUUGGAAAAGAAGAAGAGAGUUCAACUCAAAGAUAUGGGGGAGGAUUUGGAGUGCCUCUGUCAGAUAAUGAGGACAGUGGGACCUAGAUUAGAUCAUGCGAAAGCCAAGUCCUUAAUGGAUCAGUACUUUGCCCGUAUGCGCUCCUUGAUGUCAAGUAAGGAAUUGCCAGCAAGGAUUCGUUUCCUGCUGCAGGAUACUGUGGAGUUGAGAGAACACAACUGGGUUCCUCGCAAAGCUUUUCUUGACAAUGGACCAAAGACUAUCAAUCAAAUCCGUCAAGAUGCAGUAAAAGAUCUGGGAGUUUUUAUUCCUGCUCCUAUGUCUCAAGGGAUGCGAAGCGACUUCUUUCUGGAGGGACCCUUUAUGCCACCCAGGAUGAAACUUGACAGGGACCCACUCGGAGGGCUUGCUGAUAUGUUUGGACAAAUGCCAGGUAGCGGAAUUGGUACUGGUCCAGGGGUUAUUCAGGAUAGAUUCUCACCCACCAUGGGACGCCAUCGUUCAAACCAACUCUUCAAUGGCCAUGGGGGUCACCUCAUGCCUUCUGCUCAAUCCCAGUUUGGAGACCUAGGCAAAUCUUUUCUGAAAAGUCAGGGGCAAAGCCAACUCUACCAUACCCAGAAUCAGGGACUCUUAUCCCAGCAACAAGGACAGUCGAAGGAUAUGCCACCUCGGUUUUCUAAGAAAGGACAGCUUAAUGCAGAUGAGAUUAGCCUGAGACCUGCUCAGUCUUUUCUAAUGAAUAAAAACCAAGUGCCAAAGCUUCAGCCCCAGAUAACUAUGAUUCCUCCCAGUGCUCAACCACCACGCACUCAGACACCGCCUUUGGGACAGCCGCCUCAACUUGGUCUUAAAACAAAUCCACCACUUAUACAAGAGAAGCCUGCAAAGACCACCAAGAAACCACCUCCUUCUAAGGAAGAGCUACUUAAACAAACUGAGGCUGUUGUGACUGAAUAUCUGAACAAUGGAAAUGCUAAUGAUGCUGUCAAUACUGUGAGAGAAAUGAGAGCUCCGAAGCACUUCAUUCCUGAGAUGCUGAGCAAAGUAAUCCUUCAAUCCCUAGAUAGAUCAGAUGAGGACAAAGAGAAAGCAAGUACUUUGAUCAGCUUGCUCAAGCAGGAGGGAAUAGCCACCAGUGACAACUUCAUGCAGGCGUUCCUGAAUGUAUUGGACCAGUGCCCCAAACUGGAGGUGGACAUCCCAUUGGUGAAAUCCUACUUAGCACAGUUUGCAGCCCGUGCCAUUAUUUCAGACCUGGUGAGCAUUUCCGAACUGGCUCAACCACUGGAGAGUGGCACCCAUUUCCCUCUCUUCCUGCUCUGUCUUCAGCAGUUAGCUAAGUUACAAGACCGUGAAUGGCUAACAGAAUUGUUCCAACAAAGCAAAGUGAACAUGCAGAAAAUGUUACCAGAAAUUGACCAGAACAAGGACCGCAUGCUGGAGAUCUUGGAAGGGAAGGGGCUUAGCUUCUUGUUCCCGCUUCUGAAACUGGAGAAGGAACUGCUAAAGCAAAUAAAAUCGGAUCCAUCCCCUCAAGCCAUCUAUAAGUGGAUUAAAGAUAACAUUUCACCCAAGCUUCAUGUAGAUAAGGGAUUUGUGAAUAUAUUGAUGACCAGUUUCUUGCAGUAUAUUUCUAGUGAAGUAAACCCACCCAGUGACGAAUCGGAUUCUUCAUCUGCUCCAUCUAAAGAGCAGCUCGAGCAGGAAAAACAGC